AACACUGCUUCCAACAUUCACUCGUCUCCUCUAAAACGCGUUCCUCCCUCAUUAAAAACAAACCCUCUCUCUCCCAUUUGACCUAAAAAAAAAAAUCUAAUCAAACCGAUUCGAUUCGUUUCUCUCCAAAACAAAAUGGUAUCAGCGCGUGAGGAGUUCGUGUACAUGGCCAAGCUCGCGGAGCAGGCCGAGCGUUACGAGGAGAUGGUCGAGUUCAUGGAGAAAGUCUCCGCCUCCGUCGACGGCGACGAACUCACCGUCGAGGAGCGCAACCUCCUCUCCGUGGCCUACAAGAACGUGAUCGGCGCACGGCGCGCCUCGUGGCGCAUCAUCUCCUCGAUCGAGCAGAAGGAGGAGAGCCGCGGCAACGACGACCACGUGGCGGCGAUCCGCGAUUACAGAUCCAAGAUCGAGACGGAGCUGACGGGGAUCUGCGAAGGGAUACUGAAGCUUCUCGACGCGAGGCUGGUGCCCGCCGCUGGGAGUGGGGACUCGAAGGUGUUUUAUUUGAAGAUGAAAGGGGAUUAUCAUAGGUAUUUGGCUGAGUUUAAGACUGGUCAGGAGAGGAAAGAUGCUGCUGAGAAUACCUUAUCUGCUUAUAAGGCUGCUCAGGAUAUUGCGAAUGAGGAGCUGGCUCCUACUCAUCCGAUUCGUCUAGGUCUGGCGUUGAAUUUCUCUGUGUUUUACUAUGAGAUCUUGAACUCUCCUGAUCGUGCCUGCAGCCUUGCUAAACAGGCCUUUGAUGAUGCCAUAGCGGAGUUGGACACUCUAGGUGAAGAGUCAUACAAGGACAGCACCUUGAUCAUGCAGCUUCUCCGUGACAAUCUCACUCUCUGGACAUCCGACAUGCAGGAUGAUGCUGCGGAUGAGGAGAUCAAGGAAGAGUCAGCUCCAAAACCAGCCGAGUAACAGCAGUAACAAAGUCUAUUUGACUGAACUGCUAGUUUCUAGGGGUCUGAACUUUUAUUCAUUCAUCGCAUCCCUAGCAAGUUGAACCUUCAGUCAUCAUCUUCUAUCUCUUUGCCUUAUUUUCUCUUCUUUUUUUGUUGUUCUGUCUUUCUUUGUUUUUUUUAUUUGGGAUGUGGAUUUUAAUGUCUGCUAUCAAACCUUGCUUUGUGUGUUUCUAAUCAAUUUGAAGAUCAUAAAGGCUCUGUCCUUAUAUUGCUGCGUUGAUUGUUCUCAAAUUUUUAAAAUGAGACUUGUUUUAUUUGACGGUUGUUAAGCUAAUUUACAUUACCAAUUAAGGGUUCUGAAAUCAAUUAUCGAACUUGAUUCUAUGAAAAGAACUUUAUAUUAGCUAUGCCCACUCGUUAUUGGUUUACAUGUAAGUAGAUAAAAUAAAGCAAAAACACUCACGAUGUGAUGAUUCUGACUUUGGUUUUGUGUAUCUUAUUCUCUAACUCUGUUUCUCUUGUUUUGCACAAGCAAGAGUACUUUUAACAAACACUAGUUGCAUACCCUCCGCACAAGCGCGGGACUGAGG